AUGAACUUCGACUCAUUAAUACAAUCUGGAUUUCAAGACGUAAAAGUUGAACAAAAUAUUGAAUUUAUAUUUCCUAUAUCAAAAUUUACUAAAAUACGUAAAGAAAACAAAAUAUUGAGUUUUUCUAACUAUGUAAUUUCUUACUGUAGACAUUUGAAAUUCAUUGCGACAUAUGGUGUUCAAACUUAUAUAUUCAAGUAUAACGUGGAUAAAUCGUACAAAAUUCCUGAAAAUGCUGAAGCAAGAAGUCCAAUAGAUUUUUGUUUAUUUCAUAUUAUAAAACCAAAAGAAAGAUACUUCUCUUAUAUUAUCAAAUAAUAAGAAAAAGCUUUAUUAAUUUACAUAGGUAUAUUUAAUGUAUACAGUUAUGAAUUCAUCUAUGAAGAGGUCACUUCACUCUAUUAUUUAUUUUUCAUUAUAUUACAUCACUCAAACAUUUACCUUAGUACGUAAUAGCACGAAAUAAAUUACAUUAAUAAAAACGUUAUGUUGUGAUUAAAUAAAUGUACUGUGUACUAAGUUAUCAAUAAUAGUUCCUAAAAUCCAUUAUGUUAUAUAUUUUAACGUAAGAUACAUUUUGUACUAUAAUAUAUUAUACUUCGUAAGGUAAA